GGCUCGCUCGGGUACCAGCGCUGCCGCAUCCCACCGCUCUCCUGCACCCGCGGACCGCCCACCGCGCCGCUCCCGCUCCCGCAGCUCCGCGGCGGCCUACCAGCGAGGCCUGGCAGGUCACGCCGGAGCACAGCUCCGUCCAGUCGCGCGGAGGCAACGGGCGCAGAGCGGAGAUGCAGCGGCUCGGGGGCACCCUUCUGUGCCUGCUACUGGCGGCGGCGGUCCCCACGGCCCCCGCGCCGGCUCCUACAGCGACUUCAGUUCCCGUCGAGCCCGGCCCGGCUCUCAGCUACCCGCUGGAGGAGGCCACCCUCAACGAGAUGUUCCGCGAGGUAGAGGAACUGAUGGAGGACACGCAGCACAAACUGCGCAGCGCGGUGGAGGAGAUGGAGGCAGAAGAAGCUGCUGCUAAAACAUCAUCAGAAGUGAACCUGGCAGACCUUCCUCCCAGCUAUCACAAUGAGUCCAACACAGAAACCAAGGUUGGAAAUAACACCAUCCACGUGCACCGAGAAAUUCACAAGAUCACCAACAACCAGACUGGACAAACGGUCUUUGCAGAGACAGUGAUUACGUCUGUGCGAGAUGAAGAAGGCAAAAGGAGCCAUGAGUGCAUCAUUGACGAGGACUGCGGGCCCCGCAGGUACUGCCAGUUUGCCAGCUUCCAGUACACCUGCCAGCCGUGCCGGGACCAGCAGACACUCUGCACCCGGGACAGUGAAUGCUGUGGAGACCAACUCUGUGUCUGGGGUCAUUGCACCCAAGCAGCCACCAAAGGGAGCAACGGGACCAUCUGUGACAACCAGAGGGACUGCCAGCCUGGGCUGUGCUGUGCCUUCCAGAGAGGCCUGUUGUUCCCUGUGUGCACACCGCUGCCCAUGGAGGGUGAGCUCUGCCAUGACCCGGCCAGCCGGCUUCUGGAUCUCAUCACCUGGGAGCUGGAGCCGGAGGGAGCUUUGGACCGAUGCCCAUGUGCCAGUGGCCUCCUCUGCCAGCCUCACAGCCACAGCCUGGUGUAUGUGUGCAAGCCGACCUUCGUCGAGAGCCGCAGUGAAGACGGCGAGAGCCUGGUACCCAGGGAGGCCCCCGGGGAUUACGGGGAUGGUGGCUUCAUUGAGGAGGUGCGCCAGGAGCUGGAGAACGUGGAGAGGAGCCUGUCAGUGGAAAUGGCUCUCAGGGAGCCCGAUGCCACCUCUGAGCUGCUAGAGGGAGAAGAGAUUUAGACCCGGGCUUGUUCUCCGGGUAGACGUGCAAUAGAAGUAGCUAAUUUAUUUCCCCAGCUGUGUUCUCUAGGUGUUGGCUCACCAGACUUUUUUCCAUGGCCUCUUCCCAGAACAUUUUCCCUCUGGCCUGAAACAAAAUGAGGUGCUGCGCACUUGCCCAGCCGCCCCAGGCUGCACGCCACGCAUCCCAGUUCUGAUGCCUGGAGAAGGUACCAGUUCUGGUGUGGGGGUGAAGGCAGAACAGGGAUGCUAAGCUGGUCCAAGUUAUUGGCUACUUUGCCUCUGCUGGUUGGCAGAUGGCACAUUUCAUUUUGUUCUACAUCCCCCGGGAGGGGAUGGGAAAGGAUGCAGGAUUUCCUCAUGAUGGGUUUUGAGGAAAUGUUGAUGCUUAUACAAGUGGAGUAUUGUGCCCUGUUCUGCAAAUAUAAACCUGGGGGAAAUGCAACAAAUGAGUUUUUCACCCAGUUCCUCACAUGGGCAUAGGUAAGCGGUGCCUUCAGCUGCUGCAGGUGAAACAUGCUGCUCAUUCAUCCAGCUUUUCAGCAGUCUCUCCGCCCCCGCCUCUGCGCCAGGUGUGCCGCUCCCCGUCCACGAUCAAGUCAUGCUGUCACCGCAGCCGGUGAAAGGGGCGUUGUUCUCGCCAACUGUCAGCAUCGCAGAGGCUCCGAGACGGCACGGGGCUUGCCCAAGUCGCACAGCUAGUGCAGACCAGAGCAGGGGCCCCCCCGGGUGCGGCUCCAGCCCGUGCUCAUCUCGCUGCUCCCCACAGCCUUUGGUGCCACCGAAAGUACCCCCUAAAAGGGGAAGGAAUGAGGCCUUUCCUUUUUCUGAGGCACGUCGGGAAUUAAGGUCGAACUAGUUCACACAUCUCUGGAAGAGUGAACUUCUACUCUUAGAAACAGCGUUCUCCCCAGUGAGGGGACGGCCAUCGUCCUAGUGGUGACAAGUGGUAUUGACACUGUCCCCCACGGCAGUUAGUUACGUUAGUAACUUUGAAGGUACAUGAUUGGAGAAUAAUAUUUAAGUUAACUUGCUAGAAACAGUACUUAGGUAAUUGUAGGGCCAGGGUUAUAAAUGAAAUUUGCAAAAUCACUUACCAGCAACUGUGGACCAUUAUCGACCACAUGGAGAAAUUCAAACCAUGCCAGGCUCUGUGAAAUAUGGUUGUAAUAUCCGCACUGAGAGCACUGAACUGUAUGCUGUCCCACAAAUGAUAUUUUCAGGUGUCAUGGACUGUUUCCAUCGUGUAUGCAUCCAGAGUUAUUAAAUUUUAAAUUUGCACACAAUUGUAUAAGCAUGCUUUCUUCGAGUUUUAAAUUAUGUAUAAACACAUACGUUGCUUUU